CGGUGUUCUUGGGACCUCUAGCGCCCAUUCGGAUGGACUGUUUGCAGGUUAUUAACCAAUAAAGGACGCGGCAAUCAUGUCCUGGUUGGGGCAUUUUCACAGUGAAAUGUUACCUACCGGACAAAUCUGUCAAUCAAAGGGGACAGACCGUAUAAAUAUCAUCGGCCUGCUUUCACGCCAGAGGUUCAGUUGCCUUCCUCCCUCUCGGUACAACACAUCUUGGAUACAACUAGGACUGCGUUUGGAAUACAGCUGCUAUGGGACGCUGGCAUCUGCUCACAGCUUUGGCUCUGUCCACGCUCUGUUAUGUUCAAGUUGCAUCGGCUUGGUCAGCAAAUAAUUUCCUCAUGACUGGACCUAAGGCCUUUCUAACCUAUGCAAGCAGUGUGCAAGUGGGCGCGCAGAGUGGAAUACAUGAGUGUAAACAUCAGUUCGCAUGGGACAGGUGGAACUGCCCAGAGAGUGCACUCCAACUGUCUACACACAGCGGGCUUCGAAGUGCCACAAGGGAGACGUCUUUUUUGCAUGCCAUCAGCGCAGCUGGAGUGAUGUACACGCUGACCAAGAACUGUAGCAUGGGAGACUUCGACAACUGCGGCUGCGAUGACUCCAGAAUCGGACAGACUGGCGGCAGGGGAUGGAUCUGGGGAGGGUGCAGCGAUAACGCGGCGUUUGGAGAGAAGAUCUCCAAACAGUUUGUGGACUCCCUAGAAAAUGGACAUGACUCCCGCGCAGCUGUCAACCUGCAUAACAAUGAGGCAGGCAGACUGGCAAUCAAAGCUACCAUGAGGAAAGCCUGUAAGUGUCACGGAGUGUCUGGGAGCUGCAGCAUCCAAACCUGCUGGAUGCAGCUGUCCGAAUUCAGAGAGGUGGGUAACUACCUGAAGCUAAAGCAUGACCAGGCGAAGAAGCUGGAGAUGGACAAACAGCGCGUGAGGGCUGGAAAUAGCGCGGACAACCGAGGUGCCAUUGCGCACGCUUUUGGCAGCAUCGCCCGGACGGAACUCAUCUAUCUGGAGGACUCUCCAAACUACUGCCUUAAGAACCAGAGUCUGGGCUUUCAGGGCACAGAGGGCCGAGAGUGUCUACAGGGUGGCAAGAACAUGUCUCAGUGGGAGAGACGGAGCUGCCGCAGGCUGUGUCAUGAAUGCGGGCUUAAGGUGGAGGAGAAGCGCAUUGAGGUGGUCAGCAGCUGCAACUGUAAAUUUCACUGGUGUUGCACGGUGAAGUGCGAGAAAUGUACAAAAGUUGUUACAAAAUAUUACUGCACACGUAGGGAAAGAGGGAGAAAGCCACAUAAUAAAACGAAGAAAAGACACAAUGCGCGCCGGCAUUGA